CUAGGGGAGAUGACACGUGUCCUAAGUAAAGUGAAAAUUGGGAACUGAGCAAAGGCAAUGAAGAGCAGAAGAUAGUGGUUCUUGCUUUGAAUCAUAACUCCUCACCUCUGCAAAUCUCUCUUCAUAGUCUUCACCUUAGAGACUGGCACCCAAUCCACCUCGAAUAAGUCUUGAACCAGCACCAUAAAACUUAUUUCCAAAUGGAUGAGGUUGGGGAUUUGCGAGCUGUCUCGGCCCAUCAGGCUGGGCUCCCUCAUAAUUGUACAGUUUGUUAAUUCAGGAGACAAGAACUCCAGCGAAGAGAUCUGAAAUCCAGAAAACAAGGCAUCGGUUCGUUUGCAGAGCAAGCACCACCAUCUCCUUCCCCUGCUCUUCAUUGCUUUGGCUCAAUUUCCAGUUUUCACUUAACUUAGAAGAACACGUGUCGUCUCGUUAGUGGAGGUUGUCAGCCUUGGCUAACCAUACCUGAUGGUUAGCAAAGUAAAUACGUUGUUCUGCAACACUGAAUCUGCUACGCGACAAAAUAUAACCUGCAACGCAGGAGGAAGAUCAAGCUGCUAGAGACAAGAUCAAGCUGGCAUGCCCUCUUCAGCAGGAGGCUGUUGCAUGGUACGACAAUUGCACUUUACAGUACUCAGACAAGUCCAUCUACGGCAUCAUGGAAACUACUCCUUGUUACAGUAGAUGGAACGAACAAAACGUAUCAACGCCAGAUGUGGAUGGGUUCUACAACCAGCUCAUAGCCUUGAUGGAAAGACUAAGUGGUCAAGCCGCGGCGAAUGGUCCUCUUCUCAAGUGUGCGGUGGGAAAUUUAACCCCUCCAGGUAUAUAUCAAACAAUAUAUACCUUCCUGCAGUGCAAUCCAGAUUUGUCCCCGCAAGACUGCAGUGAUUGCUUAACAUCAGCUCGGUUCGAUGUCAGAAAUUAUUUCUUCGGAAAAAAAAUUGGGGUGAUCAUUUACGCCAGCUGCACCAUAAAAGUUCUGGAUUCUGUAUUUUAUGAACCUGCAAGUAUUGAGGCACUAUUACUAUCAGCGAAUGGUACAACUUCAGGAAAUACUACUACAACUUCAGUAAACCCUGCUGCAGCUCCAGGAGGAAGUCCAGGAAAGAAGCAGAGUAAUAAAUCUCGGACUAUAAUCAUUAUUGUAGUGGUAAUUGUUGUUUCUCUGGUACUGGUUAUACUUAUAUGCAUUUGCAUUUAUGUAAGAAUCAGGAAGACAAAGAAAAACCUUGAAGGCUCAUCCGAAGUGAGAAGUGCAGAAACAUAUGCCCUGCAAGUCCCCUUUCGCUCUAUUAGAGAUGCAACGAAUGACUUUUCUGAAUCAAACAAGCUCGGACGGGGUGGAUUUGGUGUUGUUUACAGAGGUAGGCUUUGGGACAAAAUAGAUGUAGCAGUGAAAAGGCUUUCUACAGAUUCUUCACAAGGAGAUAUAGAAUUCAAAAAUGAGGUUGAACUAGUGGCCAAACUUCAGCACCGGAAUUUAGUUAGGCUCCUUGGUUUCUGCCUGGAACGAAGCGAAAGAAUUCUUAUCUAUGAGUUUGUUCCAAAUGCAAGUCUCGAUUAUUUCAUAUUUGAUCCAAUCAAGCGCGAACAGUUGGAUUGGGAUAUUCGCUACAAGAUCAUAAUAGGCAUUGGGCGGGGACUCCUUUACCUUCAUGAAGAUUCCCGUCUUAAAAUUAUCCAUCGUGAUCUAAAAGCUAGUAAUAUUCUAUUAGAUGCAGAAAUGAACCCCAAAAUUGCAGAUUUCGGAUUGGCAAGAUUAUUUGAUACGGAUCAAACACAAGGUGAAACUAAUCGAAUUGUGGGGACCUAUGAAUAUAUGGCUCCAGAGUAUGUAAUGCGUGGACACUUUUCGGUGAAGUCUGAUGUUUACAGUUUUGGUGUGCUGGUUUUGGAGAUUAUAACCGGACAGAAAAAUAGUUCUUUUCGGCAUGAAGAAAGUACAGAGGUUCUUCUAAGCUACGCCUGGAAUAGUUGGAGGGAGGGGACAGCCUUAAACUUAAUAGAUCCCAUGCUAAGAAGUGGUUUUUCAGGACCCGAAAUAAUCAGAUACAUUCACAUUGCAUUGUUGUGUGUGCAACAAAGUGUAGCUGCUAGGCCAACCAUCGCUGCAGUUAACCACAUGUAUAGCAGCAACUCUCUCAAUCUCCCUGCACCCUCACAACCAGCAUUCUUUAUGCCUGGGGGCAUUGGAUCCUCAUCCAACACAUCGUCGGGAGGGGAGAACAAAUGCAGAAACUUGAUCCAAAUUUCAGCACAGGAUAUAGAUAUGAUUACGGAGCUAUAUCCUCGCUAGGUUUCGAUGCAAGGACGGGAUAACUUCAUGUACAGAAUUUUGUAAGGACUCGUUUGUUCAUAGUAGAUACUCGGGUGUGUGUGUUUGGUGGGGUGGUAAGGCUUUGGUCUCAUAUAUAAGAGGUCAGGAGUUCGAGCCCCAUCAAGGGUGGGAAUGGGGUGGGGUUUCUAAAAAAAAAAAAAAAAAAAAAUAGUAGAUACUCGUUUGUUGUUCUGUCAGCCCAAUAUCUAUAGGAGGCCCAAGGGUGCAGCUUCUGAGAUUGUUGGAGAGAAAUGUAGAGCAACCGAAGAGGAAGAGAGAUUGCCCUGUGGAAAGUUUGAAGGCAAAAAAUCACAAAUAGUCACUGAGUUAUGACUCAUUCGACACUUAACUCACUGUAUUUUCAACAAUAUCACUUAAUUCACUCACUUUUACAUCUGUCUUUCACUUAACUCACUGCCGUUAAUUUUACCGUUAGAAGCCG